UCGAGCGUGCCUGACGCCUGCGCCGGAUCUCUUGGACCCGGUAGAGGCGAUGUCCAGCCGGUCCAGGCGGGAGUCUCGUGGUUCCACCCGCGGGAAGCGUGAGUCCGAGUCGCGGGCCAGCUCGGGUCGUGUCAAGAAGGAGCGAGAUCGAGAGCGGGAGCCCGAGGUAGCAAGCUUCCGGGGCAGCCCGGUGCGCGUCAAGCGGGAGGUCGAGCCGGCGAGCGCGCGCGAGGCCCCGGCGGUGCGCGUCAAGCGGGAGCGCGAGGCGGACGAGGACUCGGAGCCCGAGCGGGAGGUGCGAGCAAAGAAUGGCCGUGUGGAUUCUGAGGACCGGAGGAGCCGUCAUUGCCCAUACUUGGAUACCAUUAACAGGAGCGUGCUGGACUUUGACUUUGAGAAACUCUGUUCUAUUUCCCUCUCACAUAUUAAUGCGUAUGCCUGUCUGGUGUGUGGCAAGUACUUUCAAGGCCGGGGUUUAAAGUCUCAUGCCUACAUUCAUAGCGUCCAGUUCAGCCACCAUGUCUUCCUCAACCUUCACACCCUCAAGUUUUACUGCCUUCCAGACAACUAUGAGAUCAUCGAUUCUUCACUGGAGGAUAUUACGUAUGUGUUGAAGCCCACUUUCACAAAGCAGCAAAUUGCAAACUUGGACAAGCAAGCCAAACUGUCCCGGGCAUAUGAUGGUACCACUUACCUGCCAGGAAUAGUGGGGCUGAAUAACAUAAAAGCCAACGACUAUGCGAAUGCUGUGCUUCAGGCUCUGUCUAAUGUUCCUCCUCUCCGGAACUACUUUUUGGAAGAAGACAAUUAUAAGAACAUUAAACGUCCUCCAGGGGACAUCAUGUUCUUACUGGUCCAGCGUUUUGGAGAACUGAUGAGAAAGCUCUGGAAUCCCCGAAAUUUCAAGGCACACGUCUCUCCCCAUGAGAUGCUUCAAGCUGUUGUUCUUUGCAGCAAGAAGACUUUUCAGAUUACUAAACAAGGGGAUGGAGUCGACUUUCUGUCUUGGUUUCUGAAUGCUCUGCACUCAGCUUUAGGAGGCACAAAGAAGAAAAAGAAGACUAUUGUGACUGAUGUCUUCCAGGGCUCCAUGAGGAUCUUCACUAAAAAGCUUCCCCAUCCUGAUCUGCCGGCGGAAGAGAAAGAGCAGCUACUCCAUAAUGACGAGUACCAGGAGACAAUGGUGGAGUCCACGUUCAUGUACCUGACUCUGGACCUCCCUACCGCCCCCCUGUAUAAGGAUGAGAAGGAGCAGCUCAUUAUCCCCCAGGUGCCACUCUUCAACAUCCUGGCCAAGUUCAACGGCAUCACCGAGAAGGAAUACAAGACUUACAAAGAGAACUUUCUGAAGCGUUUCCAGCUCACCAAGCUGCCUCCAUAUCUAAUCUUUUGUAUCAAGAGAUUCACUAAGAACAACUUCUUUGUGGAGAAGAAUCCCACCAUUGUUAAUUUCCCUAUCACAAAUGUGGAUCUGAGAGAAUACUUGUCUGAAGAAGUACAGGCAGUCCACAAGAACACCACCUACGACCUCAUUGCCAACAUCGUGCAUGAUGGGAAGCCCUCUGAGGGCUCCUACCGGAUCCAUGUGCUUCAUCAUGGGACUGGCAAAUGGUAUGAAUUACAAGACCUUCAGGUGACUGACAUCCUUCCUCAGAUGAUCACACUGUCAGAGGCAUACAUUCAGAUUUGGAAGAGGCGGGACAAUGAUGAAACCAACCAGCAGGGAGCCUGAAAGGGAUGUUGAAGGCUUUGCUCCUAAGGGCUCUGGCUGAGGAUAACAAACAAAAUAUUGAAGCCAUAUCUGAACUCGGACGAGCUGGCAGAUUCAUUCCCUGGCCAGUCCAACUGUUUUCGGUUCUGGCUACACCAGUGCAUCCUGUUUGCCUGUGGUGGCCCUGUGUUGUCCUCAACUGUUCUUUGAGCAGCUUGUUGUGGAUGAUGCUCCUUUCUCCUCCAUACCCCAUCUCCUUCCAGCCUCAGCAGCAGAACUCUGAAAGAGGAAUAUAAUUUAUUUCAGUUGCUGCAAGUAAUCAAGGACAGUUAAUUCCCUUGCAAAUGUCAAGUGUUAGCAUUCUAGGAAUAAGAGCAGGGAGCCAGCUACAUCUUGUCUGGUAUAGAUAGAUGGCUUUCCUACAAUUACCUUCAUGUUCUGAUUUGGAUUUGGGGAUAGAUUAAAUAUUCUCCUGUUUUAAA